AUGUGGGAAGUCUGUGGACGGAUGAUGGUCGAGGGACGGGGGGCCUGGAGCGCGAUCUCGGCUUCUAGAUGGAAUUAUUCGGCAUACUUCCAUCCCGACCAUGCCAGACAUGGCACGAUCAAUGUUCACGCGGGGCGUUUUCUUACGGAAGACAUGUCGCUCUUUGAUGCACCAUUCUUCAAAUUGACGGGGAAUGCAGUCACGGAUGGGGCUUCCGCAGCAGCUAGCGUCUGUGCUGUCGUACAACUCACCGGCAGCGUCGUGAAAAUAUGUGGUGGCUAUCUACAAGAGAUGAAGAAUGCUCGGGAGGAUAUCGUUGCUUUACAGCGAUCGAUUACGGGCCUUGAAGCGGCUAAAAUCAAGGUUGAUCCUGGGAGAGGAAAGGGUAUGAUGAGAAGACUCGGACUUCCAGCAUACAAAUGGCCUUUGAAACACACAGAGGUGUACAGAAUCAUCCAUGGUCUCGGGAAGUAUAAACCAUCUUCAACUUGUCUUUGCAGAUUGACAGAAUGUAGGUCUCUCAGUCAGAAUCAUCAAGAAUGCUUUGCUUAUUUCUACUCAUGGCUCUCCUGGCCGGAGAAAUCGACUAUCUCCCGCAACAGUGGCAAAAUCCUUGAAAGAGGCCAAGCUCUUAGAAGCAAGCUUCUUCUUUCCGAGAGGCGGGGGAUGCCGUAG